GCGCGGGGCUGUGCAGAGAGUAAUGUUACCAGCGCCGCGAGUGUGAGGAGGCUGCGUAUCGAUCCCGCGCUCAGCCAUUGCGGUGCACCGGGCUGCACAGCGACCCAGCCAGCGCUGGGGCCGGGCGGGCGGCCGCGGGAGCGUCUCUGGGGCUCGGGGCCGAGCGAGGGCUGCGUGCCGACUCUGUCUGACACGGAAAAUCAGCAAAAAUGGGUAAAGGUGAUCCUAAGAAGCCGAGAGGUAAAAUGUCUUCAUACGCCUUCUUUGUGCAAACCUGUCGGGAGGAGCACAAGAAGAAACAUCCAGAUGCAUCAGUGAACUUCUCAGAGUUCUCAAAAAAAUGCUCAGAACGAUGGAAGACUAUGUCUUCUAAGGAGAAAGGGAAGUUUGAAGAUAUGGCAAAGGCUGACAAGCUUCGUUAUGAAAAAGAAAUGAAAAACUAUGUACCACCUAAGGGGGAAACAAAAAAGAAGUUCAAGGAUCCAAAUGCACCGAAGAGGCCUCCUUCGGCUUUUUUCUUGUUUUGCUCCGAGUUUCGUCCAAAAAUCAAAGGAGAACAUCCCGGUCUGUCCAUUGGAGAUGUCGCAAAGAAACUGGGAGAGAUGUGGAACAACACCGCUGCAGAUGAUAAACAGCCUUAUGAAAAGAAGGCUGCCAAGCUGAAGGAGAAGUACGAAAAGGAUAUUGCUGCAUACCGGGCCAAAGGGAAGGUUGACGGAGGCAAGAAAGUAGUUGCCAAGGCUGAGAAGAGCAAGAAGAAGAAGGAAGAGGAGGAGGAUGAGGACGAAGAUGAAGAGGAUGAAGAUGAUGAAGAGGAAGAAGAAGAGGAGGAUGAAGAUGAUGAUGAUGAUGAAUAAGUCUCUUUUAGAGCAAUUUCUUUCUUGUCUAUAAAGCAUUUAACCCCCCUGUACACAACUCACUCCUUUUAAAGAAAAAAAAUUGAAAUGUAAGGCUGUGUAAGAUUUGUUUUUAAACUGUACAGUGUCUCUUUUUUUGUAUAGUUAACACACUACCGAAUGUGUCUUUAGAUAGCCCUGUCCUUAGUGGUAUUUCAAUGGCCACUAACCUUGCCUGGUACAGUGUGGGGGUUGUAAAUUGGCAUGGGAGUUAAUAAAGCAGGUUCUUGUUGGUGCACAGCACAAAUUUAGUUACAUUUGGGGAUGUAGUUCAUUUCUCAUCUUCAGUUGUCUCUGAUGCAUCAUAAAAAUAAUUGUUGUUCUGUUAACCGAAUACCACUCUGUAAUUGCAAAAAGGAAGAAAAAAAGUUGCAGCUGUUUUGUUGACAUUCUGAAUGCUUCUAAGUAAAUACAAUUUUUUUUUAUUAGUAUUGUUGUCCUUUUAAUAGGUGCCCUUGAGAAUCAUACUUUUUCUUUUCUUUUUUUUUUUUUUUUUUUUUUUUUUUUUUUUUUUUUUUUUUUUUUUUUUUUUUUGAGGGGAACUCAUCUUUUGCUUUAUUGAAUGCCCGUAUGGGAUCACGGGAAUAUUACAGUUUUCAUCUUUCAUAUAACCAGCUGAUAAACAAAGCUUUGAUCUGCAUACCCUGCAUUAUCAUGAUAGGGUAAGAAAAUAAAUAUAUAGGCAUAUGAUGAAAAUCUUCCAUAACUGGAAACAACAAAAAUUCAAUCUCAGCAAAUGGAUACUUGUUCGGAUUUUUGUGAAAUGUAAUAUUCUAUUGCGUUGCAUGAGUUUACCAGUCUUGGAGAGUUGAGAAGUAUAGAGUUCAAUUUUACAGAAACUAAAUACUUUGCGGGGUGGGGAGGGAGGGAAUGUUAAAUUUUGUCCUAGAAGGACCCAUAGGAAGAGUGUAUGUCCAUCUGGUGUAGAGAAAUUUAUACGUGUGACUCUGUUACCAUGUAAUGGAAGUUAUAUGUGUAAAUCUCUGAACACCUGGGAGUGAUGAGCGUACCUAAAAUGUGUAAAGUUAAAAGCAUGAAAUGACCAUAUUAUUUUUUGGUGACAGGUCAGGUGAUGGCCAUGGGCUUUAUACCAUGAGACUCCUGGUAGCGAAGGGCCCACAAGAAAUGAUUUUUCUUUCUAAGAUUUCUAUAAAUGGUACCAUUAUUAUUUGUUAAAUCUAUGUAAAUUCAUAUUUGUAUUCUUGAAAUUCUAGUUUUAGCCCUUUAAACAAAGUUGUAUAUUGUCUCAAAUUGAAAAUGAGAUAAGAUGUAUUUUUCCUGUUAGGUUUUAUACCGCACUCUUGAUGUUUGCCCAUUUUUAAGUUAAAUAUAGUUGUAUGGAAAAGUACAUUUUAUUAAAUUUUGCAUUAAAAAGUUAAAUGUUUAUGGUAUACCAACAAUGUCUAAUUUGGUCAAAUACAGUUCUCUUCCAAAACCAAAGCUAAGGGGUUUUUUUGCAUAUUUAGUAAAACUUCAAGUGCUGGCAGCUGUAACUAUUUUCACAUAUACCUGCUUACCAGUUAGGGGGACAAUUCGGCAAUUUUGUGGUUACAAAAUUAUGGUUCUCUUAAGUGCCAGUGUUUAAAAACAAACAACAAAAAAAGCAUUCUUGUAAUUUUACACGCUUUUGUGAUGGAGUAUUGUUUUGUUAUACAAUUUUGACUUUCAGAUUCUUAUUUCAAUUUGCAUUUAUGUAUAACUUCAGGAGAAAUAUUGAACAUCUGAAAUCCUGGAUGAUACUAAUAAACUAAUAAUUGCAGAGGUUUUAAAUA